AUGAAGCCAGGAGCGGUAACAGUUCUUUCCUCGCAUGAAAUAAUAGAAUGCGUUAAAACUAUUGAACGAUGGAACAGCCAACCUUCAAUAAGUUUAUGUGUGAAUGCGAAUGAGAACGUGAUAGAACAAAUGACAAUGGAAGAAGAGGAAAGUGUUGCGUCUGGAAGUACUGGUGGAACUGUAAUUCUUGGAGAUAAUGUGGUGGUGACGGAAGAAAGUGAAAUUUGUGUGUAUUUUAUAGGUUUGGACUCGCCUAAUCGAUCCCGAACAAUAAAACGUCUUCGAUCUAUACAAAUUCCAUCUGGCCUACGCCUUUGUAGUCCUGUCAAAUGUCUAGAAUUACCAUUAUCAGCUCGUAAUUUUUAUUCUAUUGUUGAAGAUACACGCAAUGGACGUGUAGGGAUGGGUAUAUGGUCAUGUACGGACGCUGACUUCCAAAAGGAGGAAAGUGAAUCAAUGAGUGCGAGGGUUUGUGAGGGAAAUAUAAAGAAGUUUGAUUUCCCGAUAUUUAGUGUGGAGAUAUCUCCUACUCGACCACAUGAUUUAUUGCUGAUAAAUGAAGGCGGUGGUAUUUCGUUAAUUACGAAUGAUCUUACGCAUAUCAGAGAUGAAUACAACCCGUCAAGAACCCAAACGGUCCGUUGGUGCACGUUGUUCUCUCCCAAAUCAUCCUUUUUAUCGUCAUCAUUCUCUUCCAAAGAUAUAAUUCUCCUUACGCUCAGCAGUAGCAAACUUGAUGGUAAUUCACAUUCAGUUGGUCGGUUGGAUUUUUAUCAUAUACGUUGUAAGAAAGGCGUUAUUGGCCUAUGGGCGAGUCUACAGAUUGAGGAUGAAGCAAACUUUAUAUCUUGCGGAUUUCAUCCUUCCUUGGGUCAAUUGAGUGUUAUAGACCAAGCAGGUGUAUGGAAAAUCUACAGAAUACAUUGCCAUCCGGGUAAGAAUGCCACUCCGUAUAUUAAUAAAUCAUCGGGAGCAAUUGUACUCCCACUAGGAGGAUUUUUACCGUUUUCUCUUGCAAAUCAUCAAACAACCCAACAAAAGUCGCUACCCAAAAAACAAGUACGAGACAUGAUAUCGAUAAAGCCGUUAGGAUCUUCGUUCUGGGCUUUACUAGGUGCGAGGAAAAUUAAUGAUACUGAUGUCGAACAUGUGUUAAGUAUAUGGGAUGGAAUAUAUUUUACUUUACAGACAGAACAUAUCGUUGAAGUAUCCGAACGCAUAAAACAUGUUCUAGCGGGUGAAAUAUUAGCCUAUCAGCUAUUAUCCACACCUCUCGAGUCUUCCCAUCUGAUCUUGGCAACGCAAAGGUCAACUCCCAACUCUGAGUUUAUGAACAUAUCCAUACAUAGCUGUCAAUACGCUAGUGAGAAGAUGACUAUGCUACAUGCCGUUGAUCGUAUGAAGUACAUGGUGAAGUACUUUGGCAUAGACGUCAAUGAUGGAAUUUCUGCCGGACAAGGAUUCACAAGGAGCGGAUAUGAUGCUGUUGGACAUUUGGACUGUGUAUGUAAGAUUACAUUGGAAAUGAGUAGGGCAUGGGGAACGAGUGAGAUUGUCAGGCAUGUGUUGAAAACGCCACCAGAUUCCUCUCAAACCAUUCUCCAAAAUUACGAGACGACUCUCGCUCAACUUGAAAAUCUUGAAUCCCAUACCGUCAUUAACAUGUUGUCUUCAUCUAACCCCGAUGAAUUCACAAAAUAUUUUAUGGAGUAUGUUGAUACAAAAACAAGCGAAGCAAAGGAGGUGUUUCAAAAGAGAUAUUCGUUAAGCGAACGCGACAUGAAAAUAUAUGAAGAGGAAGUGGAGAGAGCGCAGGUUAAUGGGUUUCAAAAGAGAGGUGUGAAGAGAAGUAGUAGCGAUGGUAAUGAUGGUGUUGGGAAACCGCAAUCAGAUUUCUUUUCUUUCAGGGUAAUAAAGUAUCUGAUCGAACACAAUAUGUUGUACGAUAAUGCAGUCGAGGGAGGAAUUAUUAAGGCGCUUGUUGCAUUGAACAACUGGCACCUCCUCCGUUUAACCGUAUUAACCGUACGCGAUAUAUCCGAAUAUUCAUUGAUAAGCUUAAUCAAACAUGCGAUUGCCACUCCAAGGAAGGAUCAUGGCAAAAACCUUCUCCUUCAGAGAUGCCUCUCCCUCGCGAUAUGUAAAUCAAGGAAUAAAAUGCUGAUGAGGUAUAGCUUGCAAGAAUUGACUGUCAGAGAGAUGAUAGAGGUAUUCAAGACCUUGGUUAGAUGGUUUGGGAUGUUGAUGAAGGAUGAAGAGACCAGGGGGAGAAUUUUGAGUGAGAGUAACGAGCAAAGUAUGGCGAAAAAGACGCAGAAAAGUAACAUUCCGAGAUUGGAGCACAUUCUCGAAUUUCUUUCAUUGCUACUCGAUGCCCACUUUACAACCGUAAUUCUUUCGCCCUCUCUUCACCCAUUUCUGACCUCACUCAAUGAAUAUACAUCAUCGGAAUUGUCGAAAUGUCAAUCGUUACAAAAGCUACAUGGUCACCUGUAUGAUUUCCAUCGAAAACACGUGAAGAUACAAAAGGAGAAAGAGGAGAAAAAACUGGGUGUGGGUAGAGAAAAGAUCACAAGGAAGGCGUUUGUGCAUACAGGCGGGAAUGACAUACCGAGUUAUAGUAUUGAAGUUUUUAAGCUAUGA